AGCGCAUAGCAGUGGAACAAGCAAUCGAGCUGGACUGAAUUGAAUUGAACUGAAUUGAAUUGCAGAAGAGCAGCCAGAGCGCAGAAAGCAAGUCGACGACGAAGACGACAUACGAAAAGGCUGGCAGGCUGGCAAAGGCAGGCUUUUGGCCAGAGAAAAUUUUUUGUAAAAAGAGAUAGAACUUAACAAAAUUUUCUACCUUAAAUUAAUAGUAAAAAUAUGUAAAAAAUCAAAACGUUAAGCUUAGCGAAGUACGGGAAAAAAUGGGAGUGCAAGUUUUCGGCAAUAAAAAAGUAAAUGAAGUGUGAAAAAUUGCUGCGGAAAAUAUAUAUAUGAAAAGUUCCCCCAUGUGAAGUAUCGAAUGCAUACACAUACCGACACACAUAAGUGAACGCAUACACAUAAAUAAGUAGUUGAAAGGAAUGUGCUGAACGUGUUUAUAUGUAACUGUGGCAGUUUGCAAUGUGCACUAAAAGCUUUAAAAUAAAAUUAAAAUAAAAACAAAAAGGAGGACAUCAUUCAUAGGGAAUUUUCUAAUUUUUAUACGCGAAAAAUGUAUUCAUAAAAAGUGAACAAAAAAAUUCCAAAGCAUACUUUGUGGCGUUUUAGUGCAGUAGCCUGAAGCACAAAGCAGAUAAGCAAAAGAAAAUACACGCAUACAUACACACACAAACAACUGCCAGUGCAAUCGCCGUGAGUACAAAGGAUAUCAGGCAUUUAGGGGACGCAGGCACACACACACACACACACACACACACACCCAAACACACAGACACAGCUAUAACAGGGCAACGAACGAAACACAAAACAGGAAAGCCGCACGCAAGUACGAUAUACAUAUGUACAUACAUAUAGCAAAAGGCACAGACGAAUCAACGACCAACGUUCAACAGUGCGUAUGAGUAAUCUGGAAUUGUCAGCGGAAUUGAAUUAAAAAUUUUGAAGCAGUUGGCCGGAAGGCGCAUAGUUCAAUGGCAUGCAAGGCGGAUCAACAUUUCGGCGGGUGCUGGCAUUGUUGUUACUGUGGCGAGGUGUAUUGUUGUUGUUAGCAGGCAAUGCGGUGGCAGCCAUAACGAGAAUAAGAACAACCGCAACCACAGCCACAAUCCCAGCGUCGUUGAGACAGUCGCAUGCAAGUGCAACAGCCCGGCACACACAAAGGACAACAAAGCAAAACGAACGUGCGGUCAGAGAGAUAUAGCGCGUUAGCUGGCAACACUGGCGACGACUAGCAACGACAACUAUUAGUGUGAGCUAACUGAGCAGAAGGAGGAGGUGCAGGCGGAGGAGACGAAAAGCAAGCAGCAGCAGCAGCAAAAGGAAGGAAGCAAGGAGACAAAUAGCGGAAAUUGAAGUCUCGUAUAGGCAGGAAGUGGCACAAGAGCAGCAGCGGAACUUGUGUGUAGUUAAAGUCAACAAAGGCACAAAUUAAAGGAUAACUAAAAGAAAAACUAAGAUUUUUACCGACAAAAAACACAAAUCAAUUUAAGAAAACUUUAACAAAAACAAAAAAAAACCAAGUCGGCCGCAAACAAGUCGGCCACCUCUAUUGAGAAAGAAAAAAAUCAGAGCUGUUAAACUGGCACCACCCGUGGUACCAUCCGCCUCGAAUACGAUUACAAUUGAGACAACGAUCUCAACAUCGUCACCGCAGCACAGCCUCAGUGGUGGUGGCGUUGUCGGCGGCGGCAGCAGUGCCAAUGUCUGUGCCAGCUUGGCCAGCAUUGGCAUUGGCAGCACGCUCUGCAGCAGCGGCGACAGUGGCAUUUCCUCGUCGACGCCAUCGUUGGUCUCGCAACUCUCACCACCGCCCACCAUAAUAUGCAGCAUGCCCGCAUCUUCGAUCUCGAACAACAUCGCCAACGCCAUGACACCCAUCAGCAGCAGCGUGUGCGCGGCGGUUAGUAGCAGCGCAAUAGCGGCUGGACGCUGUAGUCCUAUCAUAACCGGUAGCUACGCCGUGCUCACCAAUGGGCUGGCGGCCAUUUCGGUGUCCAGUCACUCGACCAACACAUCUAUUUAUGGCUGUAGCGGUGGGGGCGUUAGCGGCGGCAGCGCUAAUACCAGAAAAUCGUUAAGUCCACUACAAAGUCUCUCCAUCGGUGGCAGUCUUUCUUCCUAUGGUGGUGGUGGUUGUGGUAGCAACAGCAGCAGUGGCAGCGGCGGCGGUGUAGGCAGUUGUAUAGGUAGUAGUGGCGGUGGCGGCAGCAGCACAGCUGGUCUCUCUCUACUCACCGGCAGCAAUAGUCACCUAACUAGCAUUUCGCCCGCACUAAGUACCAGCACACCGCUUAGCAGUGGCUUUGGGUGCAGCAAUAGUAUGAGUGUCGUCAGUGGCGGCAAUAAUGCAUCGAGCUACUUGAGCAACAUGAAGCUGCUGGGUCCCGCCUCCAUUGAUUUGGGCACCACACCGCUGACGCAUCGCAACUAUAGCACCAUUAAAGGCUUUAGCUUUCGACGCAGUUUCGAUGACAAAAUCAUAUCUCCAUUGAGCGUCAACAGCAGCGGCGGUAGCACUGCUGUCAGCGUCGCUGGUAGUGGCAUUGGCAUGUGUGGCAGCAAUAUUGGCGGCAUUGGCAGCGGCGGCGCUGGUAGCGGCAUUGGCAGCCAUAGCACCUACUUGGCGCAUCAUCACUUCUAUACACACUUCCACCACCAUCCAACGUCCGCCGGCAUGCAGAAGCAAUCGUCCAUUGAUCGCCACACGAGUGGUGGCGGCGGUGGUGGUGUGGGUGUAACUCAACACGGGACACACUAUCCACUCACUUCGUCGCAGUCAUCGACUAAGCUCUCGUAUCGCGAUGAUUUUCUCCAGCAGAUUGGCUAUUUGCCGACAACGCGCAUCUUUAACACCAGCAUCGAUGAGGACCGACAGCAGGACUUUUUGUCGUUGUCCAUGUCGCCGCCGUUGAAUCGUCGCCGAGAUAUGCCGGCGUUGCGUGGCAUCAUUAGCCUUUCCGAGCCUCGGGGCACAAUGAGCACCACAGAGGAAAUUUAUCCUGAUUCACCGGAUAGUAGCCUAUAUGGUUCGGAUGAGGAGCAGGAAGAUCCGUCACAAUAUUGUCGGGGAGGUUAUCAUCCAGUUAUUAUAGGCGAUAUAUUUGACAAUCGUUUUCGCGUGGUACGCAAACUCGGCUGGGGACACUUUUCCACCGUUUGGCUAUGCAGAGAUCUCAAAGAGGAGAAAUACGUCGCUCUCAAGGUGGUUAAGAGUGCACCGCAUUAUAUCGAAACUGCUGCCGAUGAGAUACGUCUGCUCGAAGCCAUACGCGAUGCGGAUCCACUCGAUAUGAAACGUGAACGUAUCGUACGACUGCUUAAUCACUUUACGAUACGUGGCGUUAAUGGCAAGCACUAUUGCUUGGUUUUCGAGGCGCUUGGUUGCAGCUUGUACAAAUUGAUUGUGAAGAAUAACUAUCAGGGCUUAGCCAUUGGGCAAGUACGCAACAUUAUCAAACAAGUGCUGGAAGGACUCGACUAUUUACAUACGAAAUGCAACAUUAUUCACACGGACAUCAAGCCAGAGAAUAUAUUGCUGGUGAUCGAUAAUGAGUCGGUGGUGAAUCAGCAAAUUGACGAUGAGAUAGCAAGCUUGCGCGUGAAGGGUGCAGACUUCCCGGAUUCAUAUAUUAGUUCCAUUGAGAAGCAAGCGAAGAGCCGCAACAAAUGGCCACUUAUCGAUACGAAUGCCUCGACGACAAACAGCACGGGCACAGCUAAUAAUUCCUCCACUUCAUCCACACCUCUGCCCAACACUGCUGUGGCUGCGCUCUCCAUGACCGGUGCAACAAUAUCGGCGCUUAGCAAGGAUGAUACGAAUUCGACAUUGAAUACAAAUACCACCACCUCUUCGUUAACAUCUAAAUACUCGUCCAGUUUGAUAGGCGAAAAUGAUGGCUUAGGUGGUGGUCGCACGGGUACAGACAGUCCUUCAAUUGGCGGCGGCGGCGGCGGCGGUGGCGGUUCAACUUACACGACAACGGGCAAUAUGAAUAAUCGUUAUCGAGCGGAGAAGAAAAUCACUGCCAAGUCGGUCGAUGGUGACGGCAAUAUUGGUGACACAACAACCAUACCAACAACAACAACUACAACUACCACCGAAGCAAUCAAUGGCAUCGAAAUAUUAAGUUUAUUAAGUACAAAAAGCGAAAAUAUCGACGUAAAUAAUGCGUCGUCUCCAAUUACUCAAAAAAAUACCCAACCACAAGAAAAAGCACAAGCACCACCAAAACAACAACAACUAUCACACCACCAACAACAACAACAACAACAGUUACUACCAACACCACCAUCAUCAUCAUCGGCACCCACAUCACAACAAGCACUUUCACUAGCUUUACCAUCUACACAAGCACAAUCAGCAUCAAUACAACAACAGCAACAACAACAACAACAAGCAACAUCACAAAAUAACAACGAAGAUGUUAAAAAUAGCAAAAAUGCCGAUACCGAAAAGACCCAGUCCUAUACGAAUGCCAUACAAGCGCUGAUCAACAAUACGAAUGUCCGCGUUAAAAUUGCUGAUUUGGGAAAUGCCUGCUAUGAUUACCACCAUUUCACUGAAGACAUACAAACGCGACAGUAUCGCUCCAUCGAGGUAUUACUCGGCGCACCCUACAAUUUCACCGCCGACAUUUGGAGCACAGCUUGUCUCGCCUUCGAACUAGCGACCGGUGAUUAUCUCUUCGAUCCACAUGCUGGAGAAAACUACUCACGCGAUGAAGAUCAUUUGGCGCACAUUAUUGAGCUAUUAGGCACAAUACCGCCGUCCGUUAUAUUUCGGGGCAAACACGGUCUCAAAUAUUUCACGAGUUAUGGCAGCUUAAGAAACAUCACAAAAUUGAAGCCGUGGAGUCUAUUGAAUGUGCUGAUCGAAAAGUACGAUUGGGAUCCAAUUGAAGCAAAGAAAUUUUCCGACUUCUUGCUGCCAAUGUUGGAAUACAAUCCCGUGAUACGCGCAUCAGCGGCCGAAUGCUUGAAUCAUCCUUGGCUUGAGCAGGAAGAGUUCGUUUAAAAAGCGGCCAUAUAAAUACUUACAUACAUACGUUUCACAAUGUUGACUGAUUAUAAAGCUGAAACGAUAUACAUACUUACUACGCAUACAAACGCACAUGGCAAAUGGGAGAAAAUGCAAUGCAAUUAGAGAAGGAGGUGUGAAAUUUAGCUGAAGACAGGGCCGAGAGAGACUUGAAGAUUCUCAAAUUAUUAAUUAAGCAUUAAGAAUUUACAUACAUACAUAAAUACAAUACCAAAAACGAUAAAUUAAAGUGAAACUUAUAGAGUAGGCAUUAAA